GGCUUAAUACGCUUUAAAUAAACAAGUAUUUUUUACUUUAUUUUUGAUAUAAGACAGCAAGAAAUGUUUUUGAGUCUUAGAACAAGACAACUUAAGUUGUUUGCUCGUUUCUAUCAAAAUGGUGAAUGCUUGUAUAUUGUGAAUCGGAACGUACCCUUGUAUAAACGCUACAGCAAGGAAAUAAGGCGCGGAUUUAUUACAUAUUCUGCCACUACCAAUAAAAAUAGAGGGAUAUUGACAGAAACUCUGUGGAACAGAAGUGGUACUGCAUUGGAUGAUAAUGUCAGUGAACCAAUAGCAGAAUCUGAAACUGAAAUUUCAAAUUUUAAAUUCAAGUCGCUGUUAUAUGACGAAAAUUCAGAUGAAGUUAUAUCGGAGCUUAACUCUUGUAAAGAUGAGAAGCAAUUGCUCCGAUUUAUAAAGGAGUCUCGCCAAAGAUUAAACCAUCAACACUUUAUCCAGUCAAUUCUAGUCCUUAAAGACUUGUUUCAUGGUUUUAGGAAUGAUGAUAUAGAAGAAUUAUUAGGAGAGAUAUUAAGUGGCUUGCAACCUCAUAUACAAGUUAUGAAUAUCAAAGAGCAAAGCUGUUGUUACCUAUAUCUGCGUAGAUUGGAAGUUUCAAACACGAAUGCCUUUAUGCGUCAGCUACUAUUGGAGACAUUGAAUAAAAUUAUAACUACAUCAACAGAUAAUCCAAUCGCCUUGCCUUCACUAUCUCGCCUCGCAGUUGGUAUUAAUAGUGGAAAUGACUUCCACGUUCCUUCAGUGUGUGGUCCCUUCAUUCCUCAUAUAAUGUCUCAUAUUCAACAAUGUAAUAAUGAAGAAGAUUUCCGCUUGCUUUCAAUAUGUCUGAUAAACCUACAAUCAUUGAUCACUAUAGACAUUUUGGAAGAAUUUAAAACAAAAUUAGAUGUUCUAAUUCAAAAGGGAGCAAUUACGGCGCAAUCUCCAAAAACUAUUUUAAAGUUGCUGCAUUUGUUGAAUUUGCCGGUGUGGUCACAACGAAACGGCAGACAUAUUCGAGAACUUUUGAUUCUAUUGCAACAUAAUUUAUCAAAGCUGAAUAUCUCGGAUCUUAAAACUGCAAGUAAAAUUUUCGGUUAUCAUUUAGAACCCGCGGCUUUAAUUGAUACUUUAAGUACAUUGAUGAAGGAUUUAGUUCAAACUCAACAUAAGACUGACGUUCUCGCUGCAUAUAUGCCAUUUUUAGAAACACAUCGACGAGAGUCUAUAGAAGAUAUUUUUAGAAAUUUGCUAUCAACUUCAGAAACUUGGCAAAGUUCUUAUGCUGCUGGCGACUGCUUUCAAAUAAUUCGUUCCUUAAAGAUAUCUGAUGCAAAGAUAUGUGAUGCUUACUGGAGCAAUGUGCUAAACUCAUUGGAGAGAAACCCCGACGAGAAAUCUAAUUUACGAUUCUUAAGGCACUGUCAUCGAUAUAUGCAUUUUAAUAAUAAUUUGGGUGGAACAUAUCGAUUUAUUCCUUUGGAGCGGCGGCUGUCCGAAUUGACUAUGCAAGCCAUAGAAAACGAUAUAGCUGGCCGAUUGCCCUCUAAAUUUGCCCGCUUAGCCGCUUUUACAUUGGCAUAUGGGCAUACGCCUUUUGACUGGAAGAAGUUUCCCAACACAUUACUUUCUAAGAUCAUAUCCAUGGCCAACCAGUUUAGCGUAAUGGAUUGCUUCUUUCUAAGUCGUGGCAUUCACAUUGCUUUGGAAUUAAGAUUUCGUAAUAAUAUUCCCGCUGUACUAAAAAUGCAGCUGGCCACCUUAGAUAGUGUACUAACAGACUGCGUUGGGCGACAUUUGGAAAACAAGUUUUUGUCAAUAUUUGAUUUAAAUACUAUCGUGCGAACUCUUGGAUAUAGGAAAUCUUUAAAAAAUGCAACUAUUUACCAUGAAGCAUUGGAGCGGUACAAGCAUGUAGAUUAUAGUGAAAUAAAUUCACGCACAAUACGGGAAAUGGCAUUCAAUUUCAACGCCUCAAAUUGUACUGCACCCAUUGCUUUAGAGGCAAUGUUCACGUACCUUGAAAAGCAUCAUGAACAUGUAAUUGGCGAUACUGUGGAAAAGGUUUUAACCUGUGCCUAUAAUCUUGGUUAUACCCCACAAUCGGAAACUGUACUUCAUACAGCCGCUUUGGUUUUAAAACGGGACUUCAAGCAUAUGAGUGGAUUGUCGAUAGUGCAGGCAUGUUUAGCGCUGAGUUACUACAAAUCGAUGCCAAAAAGUCUUAUCGAUAUGGUGUUUUGCGUCAAGUUCAUUCAGCGAAUAGAGGAGGAGAUUCAUAUGUGUUACUCAAAGGCAACAUAUCCAGAACGAGUACUUAAUUUGAUAAUGCAAUUAAACCGCACCAUCUGUCUGGAUUACCCAGAGGCAAAUAUACCCUGGUUUCAACAAAACUACCUCGAAGCACAACUCAGUAAAAAGCCUAAAAAUCAAAGUAAAUUUGGGGAUGAUGUGAAAAAGCUCCUAACCGCGAUUUUAAGCAGCGAGACUUUCUUCACCUGCAAUCAUAUAACACCUUACGGAUAUCAAAUCGAUUUCGUGAUACAUUUCGAUAAAAAUCGCAAACCUAUUCCCGUGCCUGCAGAAACUACUGUAUUAGACCGCAUUACGAAGGUGGCGAUUUUGCUGAUGCGACUAGACUCUUUUUGUAAAAAUGAUUUGACGGCGCUGCGUGGAUCUGAACACCUUAGAACAACACAUUUGGAAAUGAUGGGCUACAAAGUGAUACACAUUAACGAGCAUGAUUGGAACACAAGAUAUAUGAAUUCUCCUCACUCAAAAUCAAAUUAUCUUAAAUGUCUCCUACAGAUAUAACAUCUUAUAUAUACAACUUUGUUAUUUAUUUACAUAAGGAUGUAAUGUAAAUGUAUUUCCAAUAAGUAUUUAAGUAGGUUGUUUUGUGUUUAAAACUCUAAAUUGAUACAAAUUAA